GACAUAGAAAGAGUAGAUCAUUCUUCUUUCCCUUCCUCCUCUCCCCUCUAUCGAAUUCAAUAAAUGCCCGCCAAGAAGAGUACACAAUUCUUGUAAAAUCAACCCCAUCACCAUUCAUUAUCUUCUGAACUGUAAACCCCCUUUUUCUUCAGUCGUAGCCUUCCACACCUCUUUAAAACCCCUUCUAGGUUUCCGUGCUAUUCACCUAUUUCCCCCAAUUUUUCUUCGACCCCCAUUUAUCACCUUCAAUUUCACCUAAUCCUGCUCAACACCCACUUCCAGAUCUUCUUUAAUUCCAACGGAUUUGGUGAAAUGGGAAGUAAAUGGAGGAAAGUGAAGAUGGCUUUGGGUUCUAAUUUGUGUGUAUAUGUGCCUCCGGCCGAUGCAGACGUCUCGCCACCCCAAUCGGAGAGGUGCUCCGACGCUGCGUUAUUGUCUCCGGCGUCUGACCAGCGGAGCCUCGGAGGCUCUGCCACUGCUCCUCGGCCGUGGUCUCCGGCCUUACGCUUGUCUACAAGCUUUAGCAGGUCUUCUAAGAAAUGCACAAUAUGUUUGACAUCAAUGAAAAGGGGAGAAGGUCAAGCAAUUUUCACAGCAGAAUGUUCGCAUUCAUUCCAUUUUCAUUGUAUUUCUUCAAAUGUAAAACAUGGCAAUCAAAUCUGUCCAAUUUGUCGUGCAAAAUGGAAAGAAGUCCCAUUACAAGUUUCAACCGGUUUAAAUAAUCCGGUAAUGGCGGUGAUCCGCCAGUUUCCGCCGCAACACAACUCCAACCGCCACGUCACCGCCGCUGUUUUUCCGGCGAACGAGCCGCCGGUCUUCAACGAUGAUGAACCCUUAGAUCUCCAAUCUUCAAAAACCACAUCAAAUGGAUUAGAUUCACAAAGGGUAAAAAUGGAAACUUACACCGAAGUUCCGGCGGUCCCACGGUUCACCACCACCGAUGAUUUUACAGUUUUGAUCCACCUAAAAGCUCCGGUUUCUACUUCAGUCAACCCCGGUCAAACUGUGGUCAACCGGGCCCCACGGGCCCCGGUUGACCUUGUAACGGUUCUUGAUAUAAGCGGUAGUAUGGCGGGCACGAAGCUCGCGUUACUUAAACGGGCCAUGGGUUUUGUGAUACAAAACCUUGGGCCCGCGGACCGGCUGGCGGUGAUCGCGUUCUCCUCCACCGCCCGCCGGUUGUUUCCGCUACGGAAAAUGUCGGAUUCCGGGAAGCAACAUGCGCUUCAAGCCGUUAACUCUCUGGCGGCAAACGGCGGCACGAAUAUCGCCGAAGGGUUGAGGAAGGGUAGGAAAGUGAUGGAAGAUCGCUGUGAGAAAAAUCCGGUCGCGAGUAUAAUAUUGUUAUCCGAUGGACAAGAUACUUAUACCGUAACUGUAACCGCCAGUUCCAAUUCCAAUUCCAAUUCCGGUGCCCAGAACCGGUCAAACUAUCAAUUACUUCUUCCCGGGGUCGGAACCGGAAUUAAGAUUCCGGUCCAUACAUUCGGGUUUGGAACGGAUCAUGAUGCGUCAUUGAUGCAUUCGAUUUCUGAAAUCUCCGGGGGGACGUUUUCGUUUAUUGAAACCGAAAGUGUGAUUCAAGAUGCAUUUGCUCAAUGUAUUGGUGGACUUUUGAGUGUUGUGGUGAAAAGUUUACAAUUGAUUAUCGAAACCGAAAACCCGGGAAUUCGUCUUAAAUCUUUAAAAGCCGGAAGUUACAAGAAUCACUUGAUGCCGGAUCGAAGAUCCGGCAUCAUCGAUGUCGGCGAUAUGUACGCCGAUGAGGAACGUGAUUUUCUUGCCUUGGUCAACGUGCCAAAAGAAAAAGAGUUGACUUCUUCGUUAUUCAAAGUACGUUGCUAUUACACCGAUCCAUUCACAAAGGAAACCGUGAAAUUAGAAACCGAAAAUGUUACGAUUAAAAGACCAGAAAAAGUCGGGAGUGAAAAUGUCGUUUCGAUUGAAGUUGAUCGACAAAGGAACCGGUUACAAGCGGCCGAAGCCAUGGUACAAGCGAGAGAAGCAGCGGAAGAGGGUGAUUUGACACGAGCCGUGGGUGCACUCGAGGGGUGUCGGGCGGUUCUAUCGGGAACCGUGUCUGCUAGGUCAGGGGACCGGCUUUGUAUGGCUCUAGAUGCGGAGCUUAAGGAAAUGCAAGAGAGGAUGGCUAGCCGACAUGUAUAUGAGGCAUCGGGUCGGGCUUAUAUCUUAUCGGGUUUGAGCUCACAUUCAUGGCAACGAGCCACGGCUCGUGGGGACUCGACCGAUGGUUCAAGCCUGGUUCAAUCGUAUCAGACUCCAUCGAUGACUCAGAUGUUGACUCGGUCUCAGGCUAAUUUGGUUCGACCGAGACCGAGGUGAGGGAUUUGAGGGAAAUAUAAUUGUGUAAAGGGAAUAAAUGGUUUUGGGAAUUAGGGUUCAUGAUUUUGUAUUUUGGGUUAUAAUGUUGUUUUCUUUUGUGCCUUUGUGGUGAUGUACAUAAUUUGAACCGGGUUUUUAUGGGGUAUAUGUUUCUCUUUAUGGUCAUGUAACAAUGAAUAUAUAUAUAUAUACGUGC